AUGUUAAUAAUUUCUGAAUAUAAUCCUCAUCUAGAAUCGGAGGAUAGUGAAAGACCAAAUUCCCAAGAUCCCAACUCUGAAGAUAUCACACGAGACUCUCCUGGUGGUGGCCAGUUGGGAAUAGUGUUUGAAAGUCGUGACGAUAAACGUAUUCCCAGCGUGGUUAGUUAUCGUGGCCGUGUCAAGAGCAUUAAAGAUGCUCUCUUGCUUUUCGAGGCAGCCCGUUUGGAGAUCAUUCCUACAGUCAACCGCCGUCUUACAACCAUCGAGAAGGCAAAGUACAUCCAAUCCAAUACCGUCUUCAUCUGGAAUGAAACCCAGUGUGGUGUCAAAAGAUGGACCGAUGGCAAAAUCUGGUCACCAUCCAAAGUCCACCAUGGCCUGUUCCUCAUCUACAAACAUUUGACAAAAGAAGGCGAUAUCAACGACGGACUAGUCAAACAGAGCAUGUCUGUCCUAACCAAACAAAACCAGAAACUCCACUUGAUAUGUUAUUACAAGCAAGGGGGCGAGGACACCAUAUGUCCUUCUGAGGACCCAAGACUCAUGAACCUCAAAUUGCCAUCUACCAUCUAUCCAGAGAACAUAUUGCCACCAGAAUCAAAUAACGACAUUCCAGAGAACAACCGAAUGCCUUCAAGUACAGAGUCAUCGUCCUCGCAUGUUUCACGCUUACCCAAGCCUGAGGCCAACAACAAACCCGCUCGAAUUGAGGGGUUACCUGCACUGCUGCGAGGUGGUGUUAUUCAAACCCCACCUCCAAAAUCCAUACACACGAUCGCCCAACCAAAAUUUGAAAUCGCCGAUGCAUCCCUUCCAGCACAUCCCCUAGUGCACAACGUUUUUCCUUAUAGGGCAGCAAUCCCGUACUCCCCAAAAAUCAGUGAAAAUACACAGUCUCAAAAUCCACCUGUUCAGUAUCAACUUCCUCCUCCCCCUCCUCCACAACCUUCGCACUACAGACUUGACACCGAUCACAGUGACUCGCAGACUUUGAGUGUCUUGGACAAGGGGUUUUCUUGA